AUGGAGUUGGCCAAUGGAACCACAGUGCAGGAAUUCGUUUUGCUGGGAUUUGGAGGUGGGCAUAAAAAGCAUUUCCUGCUCCUCAUAUUGUUGAGCGUUCUGUACACGCUCACUUUUGUGGAGAACCUCACAAUUAUCACCAUUGUGCGACUAGAUGCCCACUUAUGCCAGCUUCCCAUGUAUAUCCUGCUGAGCCAUUUCUCCUGGUUGGAGAUGUGCUACGUGUCCGCUACUGUGCCUCGCAUGCUCUUUGACCUGGUGGUCCAUCACGGGAUCAUCUCCUUCCAAGCCUGCUUCCUCCAGUUCUACAUUUUCUUCUCUCUUGGUGCCACUGAAUGCUUCUUCCUCUCAGCCAUGGCUUUGGAUCGGUAUUUGGCCAUCUGCCGCCCACUGCGUUACUCACAAAUCAUGUCCCAAGAUACCUGCUCUGCCCUGGUGGCUGCUUGUUGGGCCUUUGGCUUCCUGUCAAACUUUGUUCCAGUGAUUUUGAUCUCUAAGUUAUCUUUCUGUGGCCCCAACAUCAUUGAUCAUGUGUUGUGUGAUCCUGGACCCAUUUUGUCACUGGCCUGCCCUCCACUGGGAAACAUUCCUCUUAUCAAUCAGAUUUUUGUGAGUGCUGUGGUUUUGGGUAAUGUCUUCUUUGUUGCGUUAUCAUAUGGCAUUGUGAUUUUCACCCUCAUGAAAACAUCUAGCCAAGGAAGUCGUAGGAAGGCCUUUUCCACUGUAUCCUUCCACCUAGUGGUGGUGACACUUUUCUAUGGCUCAGUGGCAGGGGUUUACAUAAGCCCAGGUGGAGAAAGCCAGUCAGAGGUCACCAAGGCAGUAACACUCUUCUAUGCUGCCGUUACGCCCUUUCUCAACCCCCUGAUCUACUGUCUGAGGAACAAUCAGGUGAGAGAGGCACUGGGCAGGUUGCUGAGGAAAAUGAGAAAUGGUGGAGCAGAAUGCUGA